AUGUUAGAAGACGACGAGGAUUCGGAUGUAGAAAUGACCGACGUGGAUUCGACUGAUGACGGAUCUAUUGAGGAGGACUUGCCGGUUGGACCCAAGACCCCGACACUGGAGCAACUCUACCUUCGAAAGGGAACACAGCUGUUGAUGAAUGUUGAGGCCGUCCUGGGAGGCCAGAGGUGGAAUAUUGACUGCAUCGAUCGUAAUGGCGCUAUCUACUGCAACACGGAACGUCACCCUGACAGCUUGAGCACAUGGUUCCAAAGAACGGAGCCGGCCGACGAAAUACACUUCACCUCCAGCCGCCCUGACGACGUACCUCCCAAUGUACAGAACAUGGUAGUCAAGUUGCCUCAUCUACGAGACUGCUUAGUGUUCUUGUGUCACGGCACCAUUCUUAUCAGAGGGCAAGGAGAGAUCACUGAGACCGGCUACGCUUACGUCGUGAAGAACGAAGAGUGUCUGGGCCUCGGCGAGAACACGGCGAUACUUGUCAUGGAGCAAGGAGGCAUGAAGGGAGUCUGUAACCGCAAGACAGGCGAAGAGAUAGGCGAAGAGCUACGGGCGAAUCAAGCCGGAAGGGGAAGCUUGGGAGGCGAGAAUGAGGUUGCAACAAAGCGAACAUCGGGUUCGGCGGAAAGCUGCGCCUUCAAACUGUCCUUCGAAACUUGUCCUCCCAUUUAUAGUCGUGAGCUUCACCGCGCCGUUCCACACCUCAAAUAUUGCCGAGUCUGCUUCAGCGUCCCCGUUGUCAAGCAACGCUUGGGAUGGAGAUCGGCUGCGGGAGGCCGCCAUUGA